GUUUUUUGGAAAAUUGAAUAUCUGCAGAUAAUACGCUAAUAAAAACAUCCUAGAGACAUUUCCCACAACCCACGAGCAGAGCUGGGAAGCAAGAGCGAACAGAGAUUGGGUUCUUGGAAAGUCUACAUAAACCCUAUCUUAAUUAUUGGAAACCAAACCAUGAACACGAGGAGAAAGGAGACGAAUUGGAGCUGGAGCUCAGCACUAAUAGGGGCGGCAUCAGCGACGGCGGCGGCAGCAAUCAUACUGGGGAAGCCAAGGGAUCCAACCUUCCAUCUGGUCUCCAUCACCCUCAACUCCUUCAAGCUCAACCUCCCCGUUGUCGAUGCCGAGCUCAUCCUCACCGUCCACGUCACCAACCCCAACCUCGUCCCCAUCGACUAUUCCUCCACUGUCAUGUCGAUCUUUUACGACGGUUCUCUGGUGGGCUCCGCCCAGGUUCACGCCGGAUCCCAACCCCCCAAGUCCUGCCAACUGCUCCAACUUCCUGCAAGGCUCGACGGCCUCGAGCUCGUCUCCCACCACGCCACCCGCUUCCUGUCAGAUCUCGCCCAACGGGAGAUGGUCAUGGACGCCACCGUGGAUAUCGCCGGCCAUGCCAAGCUGCUCUGGUGGGCCCACAAGUUCAACGUCCACGUGGAGAGCCACAUCGUCGUCGAUCCUGUCUUCCUUGACGUCAUCGACCAGGAGAACAGGUCCCAGCUCGAUCUUAUUGUUGCCUGAGUGUAGAGAGGCAGUGAGGAAUCAGGAUGUUAAAACCCAUGCCUCAAUCAAUCCAUUCCUGUAAUCCUUUUUCUUUUUUCGGUAGAAGAGAGAAGGGCUGUUGAGUUUCAGUGGAUCAUAAGUUCUGAAAUCUCAAAUCUCAGAGUGGAGCAACCACCUUUAGAAACAUCCCAUAUCUCUGAGCGAGCCUUAUUCCUUAAUUAAUGUAAUAUUUUCUGGAAUUUACAACAAUCACCAUUUGAUAUCUUGCUCAA